UGUCCGACUACCCCAUAUGUCCGACUACCACAUAUGUCCGACUACCCCAUAUGUCCGACUACCCCAUACGUUACGUUAUUACUAUUCUAACUCUCAUUAUCUGCAUCAUCGCCGCUGUCUUCGUCGUCGCCUUGUGAUAACCAUUUCCCAGCUAGACCCGAAUUCGACAUAAAGUACUAGGCAAAGUACACAUGCCGAGCUGAUUGCUCCAAUGGAAGUUUUCCAGCGGAAGUACACCAGGGACUUCUUGUGCGCUGUCCACCACUGAAAAAAUGUGUUGACGAAGUAAAGUACAAGAGCAAAAAUUGCAAAUGUGUAGGCGGCUAUGGGACGAUCUUGCCCCUGAAGCAUGGCGGUGAAUGACGCGUUUAAAAUUGGGGUGAGUAGGCAGACAUGCUUUUGUUGCCUUAGCUCUGCUGUUAUAUGUGAGAAUGCAGUCUUCAAUAGUUCGCCACUUCUCGCUUCCCUCUCCACACCACUCCCUUCCACUUCACUCCGCUCCACUCACUUCACUUCACUUCACUUCACUUCACUCCUUUACUUCACUUCACAUGUGACUCAUGACCUGAAUGUCAGAUAGGGGGGUGAUUAACGGCAGUUAUCUUCAUUCCUCUCGAUUGACCGAGAUCCGGUCUGGAUUUUCCACCGUGGCGUCAAAGUCCGAGCUCUGAGCUCAUCGGGGUAAGGUAUUUUUAUACUCUCGAGGUUACUCAAACUGGAGCCCUUUCCUCUCACCAACCACACGAAGCUGCUGCCUAUUGGCACGCGAUGGAAAACUUUCGUGUGGAUGGGGCUCGGCUGCACCAAUGUUGUGAGACAUGAGAACGCUUAAGCAACCCGCAGUACAUCCUCUGAGCAAUAACGAACAGGGCUGAUGCUCCAUUCUUGCUAAGCAGGAAUGACAUAUGUAUAGGGUCAGACUGUCCCCCUUUUCGGCCAUCAGCCCUCAAGAUCCCCAUCUUCUCCCGCCACUACAUACGAAACUAAGCAAGCCACAAAACACCAGCCUUAUCUCGGACCAUCUCCUUCCAAAGCAAACGAUCCCCCACAAUGGCUACAGCCGACGUUAUGAUGGCAGUGCACAUCCCUGGCCUUCACCGGCCCUUGACCAAGGAUGACUUGAAGGAGUCCACCACCAUGUAAGCCCAGCUGUCUUACUGCUAGGCCCACGAGUCCAUGCUGACCCAUUGAAAGGUACAAUGGUCUUUUGCACAUCCAGCCCGAGAUGCAUGUCGACGCAGAUCAUGUUAAGGAACUGGUGGAGAUCAUUACUCGCCAUGGCCAGCUUGGGAAGUUCGGCUUCCAUCUGCUCCAUCGACAUGACCCCAUCGCGAGUGAUACUAUUAGGCUCGAGUCGGACCUAAGGGUCGUGCCAGGCAAAUGGAACAAGGCUACUUCGACUGAAUCCCUUGAUCUCAGCAAUAUCCAUCCACUCGUCAUCAAAUUUGUCCCCGAUCAAAAUCGGUUUGUUCCCUUCGAAUUCGGCGAGGGACCAUCGCCCGUCUCCUCGAGUGAUGUGGACGAUAAGUUCGGUUUAGAUCACGUGACCUUUAACUUUUGCGUGGUCGACUGGUUUAAUCAAGAGCAAUUUAGCAACUGUUACUGUCACACUUUUAGCGUGUAAUAGGAACAUAUUUGGUGUAACCGACAGAGUUGGGUAACCGACAUAGUAGGGGUGGCCACCCCAUUAUCAAAGAGAGACAGAUAACCUACGCUCAAUUAUCUAGAAAUGCGGAGAACAGAGCAAGGGCAAGAGAGCAGUUUUGAAGGGUCAAUUCCAUAUCUCUACUGAGAAGCUGCGGUCGCAAGUAGCAGAAGCAGAAGUACUCUAGCA